AUUUUUGGAGGCAUAAUUCUGGCCAUGCCAAGGUCAGCAAUCUUGGCCGUCAUUGCUGAGUUGAGGAGGACAUUUCUUGCGGAGAGGUCGCGGUGGAUGACGGGAGGACUCUGCUUGUGGAGGAAGGCAAGGCCUCGGGCUAUGUCCUGCAGAAUUGAGACCUUUACCCCCAGCGGGAUGGCUACGCUACUGGAGUUAGGUUCGUUAGGCUCUAGUAUAUCGUGCAGACUGGUCAUCAUCUUCUCCAUCACUAGGUAGAGGUUCGCAUUGUCCUCGAACCAAAGACCGAGAAACUGAACGACGUGCGGGUGACGAAGUCUGCUCAUUAUCUUGCACUCGGUCAAAAACUUUUGAAGGUAGCCUUCGGCUACGUCUUCUGCCACCCACUUGGGGUCUUGUUUCGCCAAGCAGUCGU